AUGGAGGAAUCCCUCUAUGAUGAAUUUGGAAACUAUAUCGGUCCCGAGCUACAAAGUAGUGACAAUGAAUCUUCAUCUGCUUCAGAUGAAAGUCAAGACAAUGAUUUAUCCGAUCAAGAGAUAGAAAAAGACAAUACAGGACAUCAAAUGGAUGUUUUAUCCCUUCAACCCGAUGAGGAGGAUAAUGCAAUUAUCCUACAUGAAGAUAAAAAUUAUUAUCCGGAUAUUAGUGAAGUCUAUGGGGAUGCUGAGACAUUAGUAAUGGAAGAAGAUGCUCAGCCAAUUGAAACGCCUCUAAUUGCAUCGGUCAAGACCAAAACCUUUUCUGUUUUGGACCAAAAAAUCCCUCAAACGACCUAUUCGACUCAAUUUUUGACCAGUUUAAUGGAACAUCCCCAACUUAUUCGACAUAUUGCAAUAAUUGGUGAUUUACAUCAUGGAAAAACAUUAUUUACGGAUUUAAUUAUCCAACAAACCCAUGUGGAUAAAUGGGAUCCAGCAUUGGAUAAAAGAUUUACGGAUUCCAGAAAAGAUGAACAGGAACGUAAAAUAAGCAUCAAAAGCAAUCCCGUCUCCUUAGUGCUCCCAACUUCAAGAGGCAAACAUUAUCUACUUAAUGUAUUGGAUUGUCCCGGUCAUGUCAAUUUCUCCGACGAGACAACAGCAGCUUUACAAAUUACAGAUGGAGCCGUUUUGGUCGUAGACGCUAUUGAAGGCGUGAUGAUGAAUACGGAGAGAUUGGUGAAAGCAGCACUAAGAGCAAAUGUGACAAUUGUGUUGGUGGUGAACAAAGUGGACCGGUUGAUUAUUGAACUCAAACUGCCACCAGCCGACGCGUACUUUAAAUUGUUGCACACAAUUGAAGAAGUGAAUGCAAUUAUUGACGUGAAUACACCGGCAAACCAGGAAAAACAACGGUUGUCACCGGAGUUAGGCAACGUGUGCUUUGCAUCGGGUCAACACGGAUGGAGUUUCACAUUGGAGUCAUUUGCUCAGAUCUACGCAGAGACGUACCCUGGUGUUCCGUCGUCGACGUUGGCGGCGCAGUUUUGGGGAGACAAGUAUUUUAACCCUCAGACAAGGACCUUUAUCAAGAAAUCACCAUACCCUGGUGCAUUGAGAUCGUUCAUCCAGUUCGUCCUUGAGCCACUUUAUAAAAUGUACUCGAAGGUACUGAAUGGCGACCCGAAGGAGCUGUCGACGUCGCUACGGGCUAUGGGUCUACGUUUGAGGAAGGAGGAACUGAACCUGAAUCCGCGACCAUUGCUAAAACUGGUGCUCGGCAAAUUUUUUGGCAACGUAACUACUGGCUUUAUGGAUAUGAUCGUGAAUCACGUUCCUUCACCGCUUGCAACAGCAAAGACUAAACUGCAGAACAUUUACACUGGAAACCAGUCUUCCGAAAUGAGUGUCGUGCGAGGCAUCCAGUCGUGUGACCCAAAAGCGCCAUUGAUGGUCAACAUUGUGAAGCUGUACUCAUCUCCUGACGGCACCACAUUCAGUGCUUUCGGUCGCGUUUACUCUGGCGAAGUUCGCGAGAACAAGGAUGUCAAGGUCUUGGGAGAAGCUUAUAGUCCUGAAGAUGAUGAGGACAUGUGCACACGGACUAUUGAAGGCGUGUGCAUUGCUCAGGGGCGUUACAAGAUUCAAGUUGACCGCAUUCCGGCAGGCAACUGGGUCUUGCUUGAGGGUGUGGACGCUUCGAUUACAAAAAGCGCUACGAUCACAGAUGCCGAUGAGGAUCUCCUGCAGGAUGAAGAGGUCGGCAUUUUCCGACCCAUUCACAUUUCUUAUGGCACCACAGCUGUGAUGAAGCUUGCUGUGGAGCCACUGAAUCCGGCCGAACUGCCCAAAAUGCUUGAGGGAUUACGAAAGAUCAGCAAGAGUUAUCCUCUUGUUCGCACAAAGGUAGAAGAGAGUGGUGAGCACGUGAUUCUCUGUACAGGCGAGCUGGCCGCCGACUGCAUUCUGCACGAUUUGCGGCGAAUGUAUUCGGAGGUUGAAAUCAAGGUUGCAGAUCCCGUUGUUGCUUUUUGUGAGACUGUUGCGGAGACGUCCUCUGUGCAGUGCUUUGCCGAGACCCCAAACCAGAAAAACAAGAUCACCAUGAUCUCCGAGCCAUUGGAUGCAGGUCUCGCUCAAGAUAUUGAAUCGGGCGCUAUCAAGCUUGACAUGAGCAAAAAAGACGUUGCCAGCUUCUUUCAGGCCAACUAUAAGUGGGAUGCUCUUGCUGCUCGUUCUGUAUGGGCAUUCGGACCCGAGAGCAACGGACCCAAUGUUUUGCUCGACGAUACGCUCUCCACGGAGGUAAACAAGACAUCUUUAAACAUGAUCAAGGACAGUAUUGUGCAGGGAUUCCAGUGGAGUUGUCGGGAAGGUCCACUAUGUGACGAGCCAAUCCGCAACACUAAAUUCAAAAUUCUUGACGCCACUAUUGCAUCGGAACCGAUUCACCGUGGUGGUGGUCAAGUAAUUCCAACUGCCCGUCGUGUGGCUUACUCGGCGUUUCUCACUGCCACACCUCGGAUGCUGGAGCCUAUGUACACACUUGAAAUCCAAUGCCCUGCCGACACGGUGUCCUCCCUGUACCAGGUACUGAGUCGUCGACGUGGUCACAUCACACACGAUGCUCCCAAGGCUGGUUCUCCACUCUACACAGUACGUGGCUUCGUUCCGGUCAUCGAGUCAUUUGGAUUGGAGACAGACCUGCGCGUGUUCACGCAGGGUCAAGCUUUCAUCACACAAGUGUUUGACCACUGGGCGGUGGUUCCAGGUGACCCACUGGAUACUAAUGUCGUGCUUCGUCCGCUGGAACCCGCUCCGGUGAAUGACUUGGCUCGUGAGUUUAUGGUGAAGACUCGACGUCGCAAGGGAUUGAGUGAGGACGUGAAUGUCAGCAAGUACUUUGACGAACCCAUGCUACGCGAAUUGGCGAGGCACAAGAUUGAGCUGCAAAACCUCAUCUAG